CCGGGACAUUCAGCAGUUUCACACGUCAGUUGGUUCAGCUGUCAAGACUUUCCUGCACGUGAAGGAGCUCCUCUGUUUAAUUACAUCGUUAGAGAGAAGCGAUGGCGCUGAUGGGGAUUCAGCUGGUGGUCAGCUUGCUGGCUGCCAGCAUUAUGCAGAGGAUGGCUCCACAUUGCUCAUUUGCACGCUGGCUCCUCUGUAACGGCAGUUUGUUCCGGUUCAAACACCCGUCAGAAGGAGAGCUGUGUGCACUGGCCGGGAAACAGAUGCCCAAACAGAGCAGGAGAGACAGGAGACAGAAUGGGGAGAGCAAGCCUCUCACUGUGCCCAAAGACAUCGACCUUCACCUGGAGAAAGCUCCAGUAAACGCCAUUGACGCUCUUGUGCUGCGGUUCUUCCUGGAAUACCAGUGGCUGGUAGAUUUUGCAGUAUAUACAACGGGUGUCUUCCUGUUCACUGAGUGUUACUACAAUGUUGUAGAUGCCAGAAAAGAGGUCAACAUUGGAGCCAUCUGGUGUGUCCUGACUGUACUGUUCAGUCUAAAGACCCUUCAGACACUGAUGAGCCACUACUUCCGCUCCGAGGAGGGCGGUGAGCGCUCAGUGUGUCUUGCCUUUGGCUUCCUGUCUCUGCUCGUGGCCAUGCUGGUGCUGGUGGUCAGAGAGGACUACCUGGAGUUCGGUUUGGAGUCUGCCUUUUCCAGCCUCUUUGACAACCUGGAAAUCUUUGCCAGACAGCAGGGCUAUGCUGACUGGUCAAUCCCAGUGACCAAGCUGACAGUGAAGCUCGGUCUGGCUGCCAUCUGUGCUUACAUUGGGUCUCUCCUGGCCUUCCCUGGCCUGCGACUGGCUCAGACUCAUCUAGAUGCUGUACAGAUGAACUCAGACCGCCCACUCAUCCAGAUUCUGCUGCACAUGGGUUUCUUGUCUCCAGUCAUCGUGUUGAUUCUGUGGGUGAAACCCAUUGCAAGGGACUUCCUGGCCAAUGCACCUAUGGGGAAGACUUCUGUCACAAUAGUUUCCAGUGCAGCAUUUGACAGCAUGCGCCUGUGGAUCAUCGUGGCGCUGUGUGUGCUGCGGCUAGCACUAACUCGUUACCACAUGCAGGCCUACCUCAAUCUGUCUCAGAAGUGGGUGGAGCAGAUGAAGAAGGAGGCGGGACGCAUCGCUGCGAUUGACAUUCAAAGGAAGGUCACUCGUAUCUUUUGCUACCUGACUGUAAUUACUCUCCAGUACCUGGUUCCUGUUUUUCUCAUCCUGUUCUCCACACUGGCACUCAAAGCAUUAGGCGACUUCUCCUGGAGGACCGGUGCAGAGGAGACCCCCGGAGUGACACCAGCACUGGUGAUGCCCACAGCAGCACCUGUGCUACCCACUGGUCUCGAUGAGGAUGAAGAGGGGAUGGAGGAUAUGGAGGAGGACAUCCAGGCCACAGUAGCACGCCUCUCAGAGGCCUUCACAGCACUGCGGUCUGUCCUCACUCCACUUUUCUUCCGAGGUUUAUUUGCUUUCCUCACGUGGUGGGUGGCUGCCUGCCAGGUCAUCAGCUCUCUUUUUGGCAUCUACUUCCACCAGUACCUUAUGCAGAACUAACUGAGGAAGAAAUACUGUUGUAAUUGCGAUGCAACCCCAGCCCUCAUGCUGUUACAAAGGAGAGCUGCAAACAGCAAAGAGGACAUUUCAUUAAAACACAUAUCUACAGACAGAAUGCACCUUGCUUUUGGCAGCAACAGAAGUUUUGAUAAAGGUUUGUAAAGUAGACGAGUGAUGGGCGCUGUCUGUUGCAAUAUCGGCUACCUUGUUGCCAUUAGGACUUUUUUGUGACCAGCAGGCUACUGGUAUCAAUAACACAAAUGUACAGAGAGAACUGGGGCCUGUAUCACAAAGCAAGUUCAACUUAUGCCGGCUCUCUUUGGGUUACCUGGCUUCACUGGGUCUAAUCCUUAAUUACUGGUAUCACAAAGCUGGUUAUCAACUGGCUCAAUUAGUUCGGGGUUUACUGAUCCAACUACGGGUGCGUUCACGUGAAAGAGGCAAAGUUUUUAAUUAAAUGCAACAUCAAAGGUACUUAAUAUAACACAGUGAUACCCACAGGGAAAUUAGGUUAUUGGUAGCGAAAGGUGAUAUUCAGUGAGGUGAAAAAACCCCUCCUGAUGCUAAAGCAGUUCUAAAGCAGCUAAAGAAAUAAAUUCCUACUAAUAGGGCUGUCCUGAUUACCAUUUUUUGGGCUCUGAUGCUUCAGUAACAAUGACCCACAAAUAUUUGGUUGGGUAACUCCAGUCUGAAGUUCAUUUGAGAAAAAUAUGGGAUCUGAAGGGGUUGAUGAGACAGGGAUGCAAAGCAAGCGUUUUGCUAGUGUUAACUCACAACCUACUUUAAUCUGCUAACCUUGCUUUUCCCUUCAGUUCUCUUUCCCCCAAACACACACACACACACACACACCUCUGUCUCUCUCUCUUUGCACUUCUUUGCACACACCAUCGUCCCCUGUCCGGCCUCUUUCUGUUCCUCUCCCCCUUCUGUUGACUUUCUCAGCAGUUUUUUAUAAAGUUGCCAACAUUUUGGAUUUUUCACUGCGAUUCCUUUUUUACAACAGCAGGCGAACCCCAUGUGGAGAAGGCUUGUUAUUAAUGACAUAGCAUACUGGUUCUCAAACUAUGGCAAGUGUACCACUGUUGGUACACAAGCUGCUUCUAGUGGUACGCGGAGGAAUCUUUGAAAUAUUAUUUUUUUUUAACUGAAACUCGUGAAAAUUGUGGCUCCAAACAGGAUGUGUUGGAAAGAAAAGUGUGAACCAGCAGUAACCCCUUUCCCCUAAUUAGCUCUGGUUCUUGGCCUGGUUUCAUUCAAGGUUCAAGAGCAGUCAACAAUAAAUAAUCUUUUUAUUAGAAAUAAACCUGCCUCCUGUGUGAACUGUCCAUAGCUGAAUCCAGUCGGCCAACACUACUGUAUUUUAAUGUCGGUCAUAAUGCUGGUGUUUGAAGAGCCUAAUAUGAGGUUGUACACUGUAUAAAAAGUUUGAGAAACACUGAUGUAGCAUAUUGAAACAAACAUGGUACCAAAUGCUUAACUGGUCCGUGCUUGUGAAAUAGGCUAUCCACAUUUUUUUUUUAAAUCUCUCAUAAUAACCAUUCUGAUCAGUUCAGUUAUAAGCGAGCCAGCUUUGUGAUUCUGGAAAACAAGAGUUAAGCCCAAAGACAUCCCGCUGACCUGCUAAUACAGGCCCCUGAUCAUCUUCCAGCUACUUCAGCUGGACUUUUUUCUGCAACUUUUCAGAUGUACCUAUGCCAGUGUUACCUGGAUUGUUCUUAAUAGAACAUUGUUAAAUGCUGCAUAUAAGAUGUUUAAUUGAUACCAGGGGAAGUAUUAGUGCUUAAUCCCUGUGUAGAUAAGACGUUUUAUUUUUGUGAGGGACUCUGUCCCCCUUAAGAAACCGAUUCAAGAGUGCUAAAUCUUCUUUUGUUAUCUUUUUCUGCUGUAAUGUUUUGAUUGCUAAUAAGUAGAAGAGCUCAGAUCCAUCCUAUUGUUUUAAACACAGUUGAAGGUGAAUGAAAACUGGUUGUGGCUGUGGCUGUGUGUUAGCCAAGAACUGAAGAGCUUUUUCCUUCAGAAUUCCUAAGUGCCUGGGAGCUCAGGGAUUUUGAGUCCAUUUUAAAAUCCACUUUUCUCCCUGACCAUGUAUUUAGAAUGAAUAUAAUCAGUUGGUUAGAUCAAAUUAACACUCCAAACACAUUUCUGUUUUUCCUUUUUAUUUUCAAACACUACUCACGGGCAACAUUUUCAGUUGCAGUUAAUUUCUUAAUUAGUUACGUCAGCUUUUAGUAGUUUUGCUGUUUUUGUAGCCAAUCAGUCAUGUACGUGUAAGAUUAAUCAAAGCCUACUUACAAUCAGUUUGGCGUUAGUAGAUUUUAUUUAUUUAUUUAUUUAUGAUACAUUGCCUUUAAUAACUUGUUACUUAGAAAUGAUACAGAUGCUGCAGUUCUGUACAUUUUUGUAUUCUGUUUGUGGCAAAUGUUUGAUUUUUAGUGUGCAUUUUUUUAAAUAGUGUAAUUGAAUGCUCUGAAAUCAUUAUACUGUGAAGUUCAUAUGAAAAUGUUGCUUUCUGAGAUUUUCUGAAUGCAUGGUGUGCAAUUUAUUUUGGCUGUAACCUGAAUGUUUUUUUUUGUUUGUGUGGCUCAAUAAAACAUUUUAUUAUUCUCAG